AUGGAAGGAGAGUAUUCGUCUGUUUGUGAGAUGACCAACCACAACAAGCACUCGUCCAGUAGCUAUUCAUCUCAAUCGAACAGCGAACUAAGUAUGCAUAUGCAUCCGGAAAAUGAGCGUAACUAUGCUCGUCUCUUACAGUACAACAACUGUUACGAUGCAAUGCCUACAAGCUCUAAAAUGGUCAUUUUUGACAGCAAAUUGCAACUUCGGAAAGCUUUUAACGGCUUAAUAUAUCAAAAUACACGUCAUGUUCUGUUAUCUGAUCCUGAUAAUGAUGGCGCAAUUACGGGUAUACUGUCAGUGACUGACUUUAUUCGAGUAAUGCUUCGAUUGCAUAAGAAACGAAAAGAAGCUGAAAAAAAUGAGGAUUCCACUGACGUUCCGAUGGAAGAGGGUGAAACAGCUGCAGAAGCAAUCAAUGAUGUUUCCACUUUCCUCUCAAACGGUGACAUCGGACGACUUACUAUUCAGGAAUAUCGAGAGAUGAUCAAAGCUGAAGGCAAGUUGAUGGAUUUGAUCUCAAUAAAUGCUGAUGAAAGUUUGUUGAAAGCUGCACGUUUGUUGACUAAAUUUCGAAUUCAUCGCCUGCCAGUUUUGGAUCCACUUCAUGGAACACCAUUAUUUAUUCUUACACAUAAGCGAAUCCUGAAAUUUAUGUGGCUUUUCGGGCAGUCACUAUCCAUUCCUGAUUAUCAUAAUAAAUCAUGUAAAGAGUUAGGCGUUGGGACAUGGACGGGUAUUCGAGUGAUUUUUCCGGAUACUCUCUUAGUGGAUUGCUUAGAUAUUUUGCUGCAUAAAGGUGUCAGCGGUUUACCUGUUGUUGAGAGAAAUACUUAUAAAGUUGUUGAUAUGUAUUCACGCUUUGAUGCUAUUGGUGUAGCGCUUGAAAAUAAGUUGGAUCAACUGGACGUUACUGUUGAACAGGCGCUUGCCUUUAGAAAUACGUUUAGGCAAGAGAAAGAUAGAGUUGUUGCUGUACGAGAUACCGAUUCUCUUUGGACGGCGCUUAAUGUUCUUGUCGAGAGAAAUGUUCAUCGUUUAUGCGCUUUGAGGCCAAAUGGAGCAAUCGAGGGUUUGAUAUCUUUGUCUGAUGUCAUUAACUACAUGGUGGUUAGGCCAGGUGCUGAUCUGUCAAGUUCGAGUUCUACUCAUCGUCGCCUCAAUCAUCAUAGCUCGGUCAGCGAAGAGUGUGAGCCACAUUCGGUGUUGAGUCGUCUGGAAGAAAGUGCCAUGCAGCUGGAACAACGUGCAACCGGACAGCUGAACAAACAGCUUGCUGCUUUUUCAAUGAACUAA